AUGGCCGGCUUCUUCGUUCUUUCCCAGGCAACGGGCUGGAGGCGCGCGGCUGGACUCAACAUCCUUCUCCUGGCGCUGCUCUUCGCGGGCCUUGUCAUCUCAACCUUCUUCGUCGGCGAGCAGACCCAAUCGUUCAUGGGCAACUACCUUUUCUUCGGGGGAGACUGCGAUAGGACGAGGAUAUACAACUUCGCGAUUCAUUUGAUUCUAAAUAUUGUGGCGACACUCGUCUUUUCGGCCGCGAAUUUCUCGAUGCAGGUCCUCAACUCGCCGAACCGAGAAGAAGUCGAUGCAGCACACGCGAAGGGCAGAUCCGUGGAGAUUGGGGUGCCAUCUCUCACAAACCUGUUCUUCGUGCUGUCAAAGUUCAAAGUCUUUGCGUGGCUGUGCUUGCUCAUUGCUUCGCUUCCCGUCCACAUGCUAUUUAACAGCGCCGUGUUCGCGACUGAUUUCCCAGGAAGGCUGUGGAAUUUGACGAUAGCUGCUGAGCCUUUCGUGAAUGGUGCAGGAUUCUUUCCUCCCGGAGCCAGUCUUGCUCUUCCAGGAUUCGAGCCGGGAUACGGUCGCGAAGUUAACGCUAGCUCGUUUCUGGCAAAUACUCCUCAGGUAGUCCGCGAACUUGAAGCUAUUGCGGCAACCGCAACGACUUGGAGGCGCCUCGAGCCUGCGAGUUGUCGAAAGAAGUAUCUCAAAUGCCACGGUGGGCGGAACUUCGAGGAUCUCGUCGUCGUGGUGAACACGGCAGGAACCACGAACACCAGAGGAUGGACGCGAUCUCAGGUAUUUGAUCUCAGUCCCUCCGCCUCAUCAGACUGGGACAGCCUCGUACCGACUAAUCAAGUGAACUCGCUGUGGUUCUCUACCGUGUGCGAGAUGAUUUCCCGGCCCGCAAAAGGCAGCAAAGCAUGCAUACAGUCUUGCGGGCGUGCGUUGGGGGCCCACGAUGCUCUCGUCAUUGACGAUCCUUUGAAUAACCCGGAGAACAACAAGACAUGGACGAUUCAGUUCCAGGAAUCACAAGACGAGUCAGGGGAUCAGAUAUCCAGAUUGUCGAGGGACGGAUUCCGGUUCGAUGAAUUCAAUAAUCUGGACGUCCAGUACUGUCUUGCUCAGGAGUCAAGGCCGCUGUGCAAAUUAGGGGUUUCUCCUCUUAUGAUGGGUCUCUCAGCACUUUGCAUUGCCUUGAUCGCAACGCUAUCUCUCCUUGUUCUGAAGAACAUUACGGAUGACACGUUGGUAACCCCCGGAGACGCCAUUGCUUCGUUUAUUGCCGAUCCGGACCUUACAACGGAGAAUAUGUGCACCCUAACCAUCUCUGAUAAACCAACUUUGGUCUCACGAUACAUUAUGAGGAAGAAAGGAAAUGGCAGUUUCGGCCUUGCCACUCCACGCGAGUGGACGAAGAGAGCCAACUACAAGGGAUCCGCUGUCUCAUUGCUUAGUUGGUUUCUUACCUACGCCUUUCACCUCUGGGCACUGAGCAUCCUCGUCUUUUCUUACUUUAGAUUUGGUCCUAGGAACUCAGAGAAUGGACGUAUGACGAGCCUGGAUGUUCCUGAGAACUCGUUUCCUUUAGCGCUUCUCUUUGCGAACAAGCCUCAAGUAGUGUUGGCGGCUUGUUACUAUCAUUAUAACGGGCUUGUCACUCGUUUCUUUGUUGAAAAGGAGUGGAACUCGUACAGUCUUGCGUAUCAACCAUUGAGGGUAACGACGCCCAGAGGCUCGCAGGUUUCGACCUAUCGUCUCCAAUUGCCCUUCACGGCUAGCAUUCUUCUUAUUGUUAUCAGUGGGCUACUCCAUUGGGUUCUGUCUAACACGUAUUUCCUGAGCAUCUUCGAGGGUAAUUAUCUUGGCAAAGACGGAGCCGGUCUCCGUGAUGUUGAGGACGGCAUCGGUUUCGAGCCAAAUACUCUCGUCGCUCUCAGCUACUCCGUCAAAGCAUUGCUAAUCCUUAGCAUUGUUUCGUUCGUUCUCGCUCUCCUGCCUUUAUUCAUCUCUUUUACCAAACUGAAGGGCGACAUGGUUAUUGUUGGAGCCAACUCACGGGUGAUUUCGGCAGCAUGCCAUGUUCGUCCGAUUGGAAACGAGGCUCGGCUAAGCAACGCUCCGUAUUCCCCGUUUGUAUUUAAGUCGCCCUGGAUACAGGAUCAAGCCGUAGAAGGCCAGAAACUUAUCGGCCCUGCAUCACCCUUUGAAGAAAGAUCUCCAAGGGACACGAGGUCGAUGACGAUGUCGAUGUAUCGGCCUCGAGCCAUGUCAGAUGCGCAGUUGGUCGAGCCUCCUACCCCAACGCCUUUGCUCCAAGCGUGGCCGUUGCCAUCCCCAUAUUAUGCGAGGUCUCCACGGGACACGAGGUCGGUUACUUCGUAUCGUCCUCGGGCAACGUCCGAGACCCAGACACUCGAACCGCCGACCCCAACGCCGUAUCGGCAAACAAGGCCACUUUCGUCGAUUUAUAACGUGAGGUCAGCAGCCGACACCAGGUCACUGGUAUCGGCACGUUCACGGGCCGCAUCUGAUGCAAACACAAUCGUCCCGCCUACGCCAAGAGAGCACGAUCGCACGUCCUUGCCGUCAGCGAACGAUACAAGGCCAGAAUCUUCUUAUCGCCAGCGAGCGACGUCUGAGGCGCGAACAAUUAUCGAGCCACCCACACCGCCUUCUGCUGAGCAGACCAGGCCGCCUUCAGUUUGGGGACAGAUGAAGUUCGAGCCGAACCACCAGCAUGAUCAGGCACCCCCGCUUCCGACCCCCGGUUUAGAGCCACCAGCAGCACCCUGGAUCGAUAGCUAUAAGGAUGAGAAGAUUUCACCCCUCGCUCAAACCAUUCGCCUCAACGAGUCGAAGAGGAAGUUACCCGUCAGCGGGCUUAGUAUCAUAACCCCCGCGUCACAGCCCGGAAGGAGACUCCCAUGGGCAGGUAACGAGAAUGCUGACUCGAUGCCGACAUCUACGCCAGCGACGCCUUAUCGUCCUCAGAGCGCAAUCACUCAGGGCGGCAUGAUGAUAAUGCAGGAAUUCAAGAAUGAGAAGGAGGCGCGGAAGGCAAGGUUGAGGUUGGCGAGGAGGAAGUUGAGGUGGGGCGUGGUUGCUACGAUUGUCCCUCUUGGGGAUCGGUCAGCUUCAGUUCAGUUCUUCUUCCCUGCGAGAAAGGAAUCAAGUAUGGGGAUUGGGCAUUUGACAUUUGGUACGGUCGAGAAUGGAGUGGUCCGACCAGAGGUGGGAAGGACUUACGAAUGA